CAGCAUUUCAAAAGGCAAAGAUCAGAAUUUGCAAACAUGGUGACCUUGGAUUCUCCAUUAGAGGCUUUGGCUUUCGAAUACGCCAGCUUCGGUGUUCUCGCCGUCGUCAACAACGUCUGGACAUGGAUAGCCGUCGUGACGGCAGCCGUCAGCUUCUGGAGGAUAAGAGUCACAAGCAUCGGAGACGAAGGCCAUGGAUGUGGCUUCAUAGAGGAACUAACCGGCUCGAAGUCUGAACAAGAAGCCGGUUAUCUCGAACCGCAAGCAAUGUCCGGUCCGGUGGAAGAAACAACGUUUGCGGCUCCAUUAUUGAAGCAAAAGGUGGUUAAGAAAACGGAGGCUCGAGCGCCGUUAAUGUGCGACGACGGAGUGACCAAAGGGAAGCUGACGAUGUACUACGAGGUUGACGUUGACGGAGAGAGGUUUUGUGACGGAGAGUUAACGGCCGUUAACUACGGUGGUGGUGGUUUGGGUGAUUGCGGAGAGUGGUGGGAGAGAUGGGAAAGAGUGGUGAAGAUGAGAAAUGGUGACGACGGUUGGUACCGUUACGUGGAUUUAACGGUGAUUAACGGAAAUGUCGUGAGGUUAUGGGAUGACAAACGGAACCCGUGACGGCGGCAGCUCUCUAAAUUUAGAGGAUAUUCUUCCUAGUUUGGAAUAUUAUUAUUAUUAUUAGUCCUUCAAACCUCUUCUUGGUUUAAACUUUAAAGUGUAGUUUUGGUCGAUUUAACUUUGUAAUUUGUACAUAAUUUUCCCCCACAAGACCAGCAACGCUUGAAUAAGAAGAAGAUUAAUAUCAAAAUGUUGCUUCUGAGCAUUGCUAACUAGUCGAAAUUUUGUAUCUGUGUGUUGAUAGAUUCGGCUCAAGCAAUACAACAAAUAUG